AUGACAAAUCGAUGUCGUGGAGGAUAUGAGAUAAGAGCAUGGCAGUGGAUAACAAGAAAUGGGGUCUGCACUGGAGGACCAUACGGGACAAAGUUACCUAUUGCCGUUAAGGGUACAUGCAAACCCUACGCAUUCCAUCCAUGUGGCAAACACAAGAACCAAGUAUAUUAUGGGGAGUGUCCAGCAAAAUCUUACUCAACGCCUACGUGUACAAAUCGCUGCCAACGAGGUUAUUUUGUCCCCUAUUGGAAGGAUAAGGUGUAUGGUAUGUUUUGA